AAAAGAAAAAAAUGUUCUAACAUUCAAUAAGAGUGUAAUUAACCAAAGAUAUAUAGAUUUAUGCUUACUAGUUAAGCUUUAAUUAGGAUACAAUCUUUAAAAAAUGGAGAUAAUAUUAGUACUACUUAAAUUUGAUUUAUGUUGCUUUGUUCAAAUAAAUAAACAAAAUGAAAAAAGAAAAAGAAAGUUUUACCCAAAGUUACUUAAUGCCUAACAAACUCGGAUUAGUGUAAACCCAGACAUGUAGUAACCCCUCAGAUUUUAGCUAUAAAUAAGCCCCACCUCCUCCUCAUUUCUCACUCUCUCUUCUUCUUCUUCUUCUUCUUCUUCUUAUCAUUUUUGCUGCAAUAGAAUGGUUCAGUCUUUAUGGGUUUUCCUUCGAAACACCCCAGAAACUGCUGUUCCUUACCCAUGGGAGCGCUGCUUUGAUAUUAGGACUGAAGUGCUGUUUUACAAGAACUUAAUGAAUGGAUCAAUGGUGAUUGAUCUGAGGAGCAGAGUUAAUCUUGGUGGCGGCCUAUUUCACUUUAGCAAUAUGUGGCAUGAUCUCACUGGCCGAUACUGCAGCUACCACUACCCCUUUGCCCUUGAGAAUCAAUACGAUCAAGACCCUCCCUUCCUUAUAGCUGCUUCCUGUUGUGGCCCUCUCGUCUACUUCCUUUGUCCUGAAAUGGUUUCUUUUUGCCCUAUCUGUAAUUGUCAAGUCUAUUAUAUCGGCUGAUUCAUCCAUCCUCUAUCAGAAUAAUGAUAAUCCAUGUCUGCUCUCAA